AUGCGUUUCUCCACCAUUGCCACUGCUCUCGUCGCCGCCGGCGUUGCCAACGCCCAGGUUGACUCCAUCAUCUCCCGUGUCACCUCUGCUGUAGGCGGCGCCCCUUCUGAUAUCGCCUCCCUCGCCAGCUCCAUCGGCUCUGAUAUCACUUCCGUUGCUGGAUCCCUUACCAGUGAAGCCGGCUCUGCUAUCACCUCUGCCGCUUCCUCUGCCCAGAGCAACGCCGACUCUCUCAUCAGCAGCCUGGCAUCCGAGGCAUCGACCGCCACUGGCUCGCGCGCAUCUGAGAUCUCUUCCAUCACUCAGUCUCUCGGCUCUGUUGCCAGCUCCGCCGCUGCCAGCGCCAGCGCUACUGGUGCCGCCGACUACAACAACGUCCCCGCCAUGGGCGCCAUGGCUGGUGGUCUCCUUGCCAUCGCCGGUCUCUUGUAA